AUAAAUUAUGACUCGUAUAUAUGCUAAAUGAAAGCCAUUACUCCCGGCCACGUGAACGCAAAGCUGCCGGGCUUCCGUUGUAUCUUUCACCGCUAAACCGAAAUAUCGGGCAAACCCGCGACCUCUCUGUUUACUUCUCCUCUCUCUCUAGAGCACGCAUCUUCCUCAUCGCAAUUGCCAAGCCCUAUCCGCCCCGAUCUCGCCGCUAAUUCAGUCUUUUUAAUUCCAGAUCCAUUUCCGAUCUAUCAGGGGGUCAAGAGUCUGUCUCCUUCUCAUAGCAAUGGCAUCAUCAUUAAACUUGCGGAGGAUAUACUGGGCUGCUUUAUCAUAUUUCAUUCUCAUUUCACAUGCAUGCUAUGGGUUUUAUUUGCCUGGAACCUACAUGCAUACAUAUUCACCUGGUGAUGAAAUCUUUGUCAAAGUGAACUCAUUGACCUCAAUUGAGACUGAGCUUCCAUUCAGCUACUAUGAUCUUCCUUAUUGCACACCUCCGAAUGGGAUUAAAAAAAGUGCUGAGAACCUUGGGGAGUUGCUGAUGGGAGAUCUAAUUGAAAACUCUCCCUACCGUUUCCGGAUGAACGUUAAUGAGUCACUUUACCUCUGCACUACACCGCCACUAAAUGACCACCAGGUAAAGCUUUUGAAACAAAGGACUCAUGACUUAUACCAGGUCAACAUGAUUCUUGAUAACUUGCCUGCUCUGAGAUAUGCUACCCAAAACGGGAUGAAGAUUCAGUGGACAGGAUUUCCAGUUGGAUUCACAUCACAAAAUACUAAGCAAGAGUACAUCAUCAACCACCUCAAGUUUAAGGUUUUGAUUCAUGAGUAUGAGGGGGCUGGUGUUGAAAUAAUUGGCACUGGAGAAGAAGGUAUGGGUGUUAUAACAAAGUCAGAUAAGAAGGCAUCUGGUUAUGAAAUUGUUGGUUUUGAAGUAACCCCUUGUAGUGUGAAGUAUGAUCCUGUCAAAAUGGAAAAGCUCCAUAUGUAUGACAGUGUUUCUUCUAUAAGCUGUCCAUUGGAUCUUGACAAAUCUCAGAUCAUCAGGGAGCAGGAGAGGGUAUCAUUCACUUAUGAGGUUGAGUUUGUGAAAAGCGACAUCAGAUGGCCAUCUCGAUGGGAUGCUUAUCUGAAGAUGGAAGGUUCUCGGGUCCACUGGUUCUCAAUUCUCAAUUCGGUAAUGGUGAUCGUCUUCUUAGCCGGCAUUGUUUUUGUAAUAUUUUUGAGAACAGUCAGGAGGGAUCUAACAAGGUAUGAAGAAUUGGACAAAGAAGCUCAGGCACAGAUGAACGAGGAACUUUCUGGCUGGAAGCUUGUGGUUGGAGAUGUCUUCAGAGAGCCAAACCAUUCAAAGCUGCUCUGUGUUAUGAUUGGAGAUGGGGUUCAGAUUACCGGGAUGGGAGCAGUAACAAUUGUUUUCGCUGCCCUUGGUUUCAUGUCCCCAGCAUCUCGGGGCAUGCUGCUGACUGGGAUGAUUCUGCUUUAUCUGUUCUUGGGAAUUGCAGCCGGUUAUGUUAGUGUCAGACUGUGGAGAACAAUCAAGGGGAGUUCAGAAGGGUGGAGAUCAGUUUCUUGGUCAACCGCAUGCUUCUUUCCAGGGAUUACUUUUGUUAUCCUGACUGUUUUAAAUUUCAUUCUUUGGGGAAGCAAGAGCACCGGUGCGAUUCCCAUUUCGUUGUAUUUUGAACUCUUAGCCCUAUGGUUUUGCAUAUCUGUACCUCUAACUCUAUUGGGAGGGUACCUUGGGACAAGAGCUGAGCCUAUCCAGUUCCCUGUACGGACCAACCAGAUUCCCAGAGAGAUCCCAUCUCGCAAAUAUCCAUCAUGGCUUCUUGUUCUUGGUGCUGGAACUCUUCCUUUUGGUACCCUUUUCAUUGAGCUUUUCUUUAUCCUCUCGAGCAUCUGGUUUGGGCGGUUCUAUUAUGUCUUCGGGUUUCUGCUCAUCGUCCUCCUCUUGUUGGUGGUAGUCUGCGCAGAAGUCUCUGUUGUCCUUACUUACAUGCAUCUUUGUGUUGAGGACUGGAUGUGGUGGUGGAAAGCAUUCUAUGCAUCCGGUUCAGUUGCUUUGUAUGUGUUCUUGUACUCUGUCAAUUACCUUGUGUUUGACUUGCAAAGUCUGAGUGGGCCCAUCUCUGCUACGCUCUAUCUUGGCUACUCUCUGUUGAUGGCAAUUGCAAUCAUGCUCGCUACUGGCUCUAUCGGUUUUGUGACAUCAUUCUACUUCGUCCAUUACCUUUUCUCUUCAGUGAAGAUUGACUGAGUAGCUAGAUAAAUGAGUUAAAGAGAUCUUUUCCUGGAAUCGUUUACCUGCAAAUGCUCUGAAGCAAGAUAUUCUCAGGUUACUAUGUAGUUUUUCCUUUAUGUUUUUGCAGCUAUAGAUUUGUAUCAAAUAUGUGCUUUAAUCGUAGUUCUUUCUUCUUGGCGGUCUAAUACUUUUUUUUAAAGAUAACUUUUUUGCGUUCUGAUUUCUCUGUUUCUUCUGCUGCGUAGAACAAACAUGGUGUUCAUAAAGUGUCGUAUUCUGGUGUUCAGCUAUCUGUUAAUUUUGUUUAGAAUUUAUAUUUACCGUGGAUAAUACAAUUAGCUGAUGAAAACGUUUACCAUGAGUCAAUAUAGUAUUAAAUUUUGUUUA